AUGACAAUUGGACGACAAACUGUUAUACAAAGACUAGAUUCGGAAACAGGUCCAAUUGUGCCUAAAUAUCAGCCAUUGUUCACUAUUCCAAGAGCUGUAGAUCCAGAUGGAAGAUAUGAUGUGGUUGCCAUUGUCCUUUUUGUGGAAGACCAGCCACAAAUGAUUCCUAAUAUUCGUGGCCGUGAUAGUCCAGUUCGAGAAAUCUACCAAGAAAGGCCAAUCACAAUUUCUGCAUGGAACGAUUUGGCUGGCAAAGAAUGCGAUGCAUUGUGUACUUGGGCUGAAAAAUUUAAUGUGAUUGGAUUCACUGCUCUUAAGAGUCGUAUGACAAAAGCAACAGGAUUCUCAUUGAAUACUACAAUGUCUACUCGAAUCAUUCAUGAGCCAAAAGGUGACAAAGCAGAUGUGCUUCGUGAAUGGGCUAAGAUGUAUCCCCAAAUGUUACUUGGUAGGCAGGAAAAGGUUCUUAAUGUCCGUUAUCCAAAUACUGUCAAGAACGUUGUCACCAUUGCAGAGCUCAGGGCCAGAAAGGCAAUCCACACUAUGCAAAAUGAAAUUGCUCGGAUCAAAGUAACAAUACCUGAACCUGAGAUGGAAAGACUCAAUGCAUAUGUUGGAUGCCAAGGCUGUGGAAAACGCACUAACAUUCCAGUUGGAACUUCUUUCCCUUGCAAUGCUUGUAGGAAAAGGGAUAGUGUCUCUUCCCACAGGGUUAUCUUCAAGUUCGAAUGCAGCGAUGAAAGUGGUACUAUGACAUUUACAACUUUCAACGAUGCAACAGAGAAACUUUUUCGGAAAUCAUCCACUGAAAUUUUCAACAUCAAAACCACUGAAGAUGUAGAAGCUUUUAGAAAAAGACAAGAGAAGCUAUCAACAAAGCCUUUCAUAUUUCAAGUGACACCUUCACAGGAACUCGAAACUAACAAUGUCUUAAUCUGGACUCUCAAAGAUGUUGAAAUAAUAGAUGAUGUUAGCAUUCCUGAAGUUGCAAAUUCAGCAUAUGCAGAACUCUCACACCCACUGAUGAUAAAGCCAUCUGAUAAAGGCAAGGGAAUUGAGCAUGAAUUACUGCUGGAAACAGAAGCUCAUGGAAAAAAAACAUCUGUACUUGGAGUAUGGAUCAACCACUGACUACAACCAGAUCCCUGAAUACUUGCCUGAUGAUAUUUUAGCUGAAUUUACUCAGUUUCAAGAAUACAAGCUUUCUCAACAGUUCUUUGAAGAAAAGGCACCCUUGCCUCCACUCACAAUUUCUGAACCAGUUGAUAAUCAGAAAAUGAAGGUUGAGUAUUUGAAUUUUUUUUCGAUUUUGAAGGAUUUUUUUUUCCGAUUGGAUUUAUCCAUAUUCAAUAGUUUUUUGGAUUUUGUAGAUAAAAAUAAAUUACUUUAAAAGGAAUGAAUUGAGCUAAAUGAAAAAAAUGAGCUAAAUGAAGAAAUUAAGCUAAAUGAAGGAAUUGAGCUUAAUGAGAAGUUGUUCAAAAAUACCUCAAUAUUGGUCUCUAUUAUAGAGAAAAAAAAAAUAAAGACGUUGGUAAUUUUUUUU